AAACGGUCCACAAUGAUGCACCAAUUCGAUAUCGCUAAUACGGAUUUGCAAUGCGACACGACCACGACGCCGUUUUCGGUGAAAGACAUCCUCAACAUACACGCGAUCAACGACGAUUACUACGCGAACAACAAUCACGUGAAAAAGGAGAACAAUCCGUCGAAUUGGAACCAAAGUUGUUGGGAUAACGCCGAAUUCGCCGGCGGUAAUUUCGAACAGUACGGGUGCUAUUUCAACGGUGAUAGUGAGAAUUUCGUCGGCAGGAAUUAUUGGAGUUGUGAUUACGGUGACGGGACUUACGCGAAUCAUUUGCAGUAUUUGAACAAUUUGCAUUCGGGCGCCCAGCAGAACGAGCAAGUGAAUCAGAGGAGUACGUCGGCCAGUAAGGAUGAUGUUAAUUAUAUCAAAGUCGAAAGCCCCAAAAUCCAACAAGUGACCAGCUCGAAAACGGAACUCCGGAAAUCCGGGCGGCAGCGAUCGAAAAGGAAACCCCGGGUGCUGUUCAGCCAGGCCCAGGUCUACGAAUUGGAGCAGAGAUUCAAGCAGCAAAAGUAUCUGUCGGCGCCCGAGCGGGAGCAAAUGGCGCAGGGAUUGAAACUCACCCCGACCCAAGUCAAAAUUUGGUUCCAAAAUCGAAGAUACAAAAAUAAGAGGAUGAAAAUCGAGAAGAGCCAAUUGAUGGAGAAGAAGGUCGAUACGCCGACAUCGGCGGCUUUUUGCCUCAAUCCACAGCUACCUCAAAACGCGUAUGUGUUUCAAAACAACCCCGAAAUGUACAGUCAUAGCGAGUACAUGUGUCAGGAUCGGUACAACGAUAUGAACAUGACUUAUCCGUAAUUUAGCAGGGAAUUUUAUAUCUAGAACUGUUCCUAACUCGCUCGUAUUAAGUUGGUUCGAUUUUGUAAAAUUUUUAAUCGGUUAAAGCACUUAAUUGUGUUUUGAAAAGAUUGUUUAAUUAAAUUCUUGGGUGUUCGAUUACGACUCAAUUUUUUUUGUUAUUCUCAUCUAAACAGAACCAAAAAAAUCC